UUUGUUGGGCAGUAUUGUUAUUUGUGAUCGUAAACAUUAGGGAAGGGUCAUGUGAAAAUAUGAUCCUCCCCCCCACAGUAAAUGUUGAACCGUCCCUAAAGACUUCAGAACAAAUGAAUAAGCCACACAUAACAAACACAUUGAUAAUGGAUUAAAAAAAAUGCGAUGACUAUGAUCCGUGCUUUGAAUUAGGCGAAAUAGCUACUCAUUUUGGGUGCCGGCUCUGUUUUCAUUUAGGUGCAGGAACUCCAUAAGAAACACAUUUGAGCCAAGUCAAGCACUGACUACGAUAUGACUGAGAUGUCGUUUCUCUUCAAAUAACUAGGUUGAACCCAAACAUGUGCCAGUAUCUUUUACGCCACUGGAUGACGCUCCAAUCUUCCAAAUUCCAACAGCCCUCCCUCCAGGCGAUUCAGUGUGGUGACGUCAGCUCGAGUGAAAGACGGAAGCAAAGCGCUCAUUGUGGAGCCGUCAGUAAAAGUAGUUGUAGCGACAGCUUGGGAAAGCUCAUAGAUAGUACAGUGUGGUCGCCUCUCCUGCUCAGUGGCAACAUUUGAUUGAAUAGGUAUAUAUACACAUUAGAUAGAGAGGAAUAACGUUGCUCUUUUUUUUCUGUGUGUGACUAUGGCUGAUGUUACGCAAUUCAACGAGGGGACCGGGGACAUCGCGAAAGGGUUUGCUCGUAAAGGAGCGUUGAGGCAGAAGAACGUCCAUGAAGUGAAGGACCACAAAUUCACUGCGAGGUUCUUCAAGCAGCCGACUUUUUGUAGUCACUGCACCGACUUUAUUUGGGGAUUUGGAAAGCAAGGAUUCCAGUGCCAAGUUUGCUGUUUCGUGGUCCAUAAGAGGUGCCAUGAGUUUGUCACGUUCUGCUGCCCCGGGGCGGAUAAGGGUCCCGACACAGACGACCCCAGAACCAAGCACAAGUUCAAGAUCCACACCUACGGCAGCCCCACCUUCUGCGACCACUGUGGCUCUCUCCUGUACGGUCUCAUCCACCAGGGGAUGAAGUGUGACACCUGCGACAUGAACGUGCACAAUCAGUGUGUGAUGAACGUGCCCAGCAUGUGUGGGACGGACCACACCGAGAGGAGGGGACGCCUCUACCUGAAGUGUGAGGUCACAGAGGACAAGCUGCAGGUCACAGUGGGCGAAGGUCGAAAUCUGAUCCCCAUGGACCCAAACGGCUCGUCUGAUCCUUACGUCAAGCUCAAGCUCAUCCCAGAUCCCAAGAAUGAGACCAAGAAGAAGACCAAGACCAUCCUCGCCAACCUCAAUCCCACCUGGAAUGAGUCUUUUACAUUCAAGCUGAAGGCUACAGAUAAGGACCGCAGGCUGUCUGUGGAGGUGUGGGACUGGGACCGGACUACCAGGAACGACUUCAUGGGCUCCCUGUCCUUCGGCGUGUCAGAGCUGAUCAAAUCUCCUGUGUGUGGUUGGUACAAGAUGUUGAACCAAGAGGAGGGCGAGUUCUACAACGUGCCCAUCUCAGAGGAGGAUGACGGGAACGAGGAGCUCCGACAGAAGUUUGAGAAAGCCAAGCUGGGCCCUGGUACCAAGAAGGUGAUCUCUCCAUCAGAUGACAGCCCAUCUAGUCUGCCCUCUAACAACCUGGACUCGGUCAAACUCAGCGACUUCAACUUCCUGGCCGUGCUGGGGAAAGGCAGCUUCGGCAAGGUGAUCCUGGCAGAGAUGAAGCCCACGGAGGAGCUGUACGCCGUCAAGAUCCUGAAGAAGGACGUGGUGAUUCAGGACGAUGAUGUGGAGUGUACCAUGAUCGAGAAGAGAGUCCUGGCCCAGCAGGACAAACCACCCUUCCUCACUUCACUCCACUCCUGUUUCCAGACUGUGGACCGGCUGUACUUUGUCAUGGAGUACGUGACUGGAGGAGACCUCAUGUACCACAUCCAACAAGUGGGCAAGUUCAAAGAGCCGCAGGCGGUUUUCUACGCAGCAGAGAUCUCUGUCGGCCUGUCCUUCCUGCACACGAAAGGAGUCAUUUACAGGGAUCUGAAGCUGGACAACGUGAUGCUGGACUCGGAGGGCCACAUUAAGAUCGCUGACUUUGGCAUGUGCAAAGAGAACAUACACGAGGGUGUGACCACUCGCACCUUCUGUGGGACGCCCGACUACAUUGCCCCAGAGAUUAUUGCAUAUCAGCCAUAUGGGUUAUCAGUGGAUUGGUGGGCAUACGGAGUGCUGCUCUACGAAAUGUUGGCAGGACAGCCCCCGUUUGAUGGUGAGGACGAGGACGAGCUCUUCCAGUCCAUCAUGGAGCACAACGUGUCGUACCCCAAGCAAAUGUCCAAAGAGGCCGUGUCCAUCUGCAAAGGGCUGAUGACCAAACACCCGUCGAAGCGUCUGGGCUGCGGCUCCGAGGGAGAGAGGGACAUCCAGGAGCACGCCUUCUUCAGACGCAUCGACUGGGAACGCCUCCAGAACCGCGAGAUCCAGCCCCCCUUCAAGCCCAAAGGGUGCGGCAAAGGGGCGGAGAACUUCGACAAGUUCUUCACGCGCACCCAGCCCCAGCUCACGCCCCCCGACCAGCUGGUCAUCGCCAACAUCGACCAAGCCGACUUCUCAGGCUUCUCCUUCAUCAACCCCCAGUUCGUGCACCCCUCCCUGGUCUCCCUGCACACCGUAUGAGGGGGAGGGGGCCACGGACGUCCCUUCCUACCUCUGCUCCCUACCUAGCACUAACCCUCCAACUGCAGCCUCUUCAAGCCAAACUCCCAAUCACCAAAACUGGUCCAACUCUACAACAACAACACAGACCCUGAUAUCAACCGCCAUUUUGAGUUCCUCUAUCAAUGUAUUAAUGAUGUGUCCUCUAGGAAUGGGACUUGGGGCUCUGAGGGAGAGGAGUUGGUGAGUGGAAGUGCUGUGUGUUAAUGGUGAUGGGGAGGAUGAAGGUUUGAGGAAGGAGAUGUAUGUAGGGUUGAUAUACUUUCCCACCCACCUGUUGUGUUUGUUUUCGGACGGGCAAUUGUUUGAAAUGAAUCAUGAUAGAUGUUGAAAUGAAUCAUGACAGAUAUUGAGAUGAAUCAUGACAGAUAUUGAAAUGAAUCAUGACAGAUAUUGAAAUGAAUCAUGACAGAUAUUGAAAUGAAUCAUGAUAGAUAUUGAAAUGAAUCAUGACAGAUAUUGAAAUGAAUCAUGAUAGAUAUUGAAAUGAAUCAUGACAGAUAUUGAAAUGAAUCAUGACAGAUAUUGAGAUGACUGUCCUGUUGUUUUGAAUGUGUGGGGACAAAACCCAUGAAACUAUGCCAGUUUUUUUUUCUGAUUCUAGAGCGAAGGGUUAACUUCUUGUUAAACCCUGUACUGGCUAUACUAGUCUCCAUUGAAACCCAAGGCCACUACAAACAUAAUAUCUUGUUUUGAGCUAUUGGGUCAGAGCCAAAUAUGAGGUCAGUACAGGGAGACUAUGUUUACAGUUUUACCUUGUGUUGGUGAGAUUUUAUUUCAAUAUGUGUCAUUACAGGUGCCCCUAUGUUUCAAUAUACAUCAAAUAAUACACACCCAGUACGAAUAUCAUGACACACUAACAAUAACACGCACAUACAGAUGUAGGAUCUUAAUUUGAUCACCCCAUUGCAGGAAAACUUUCCUGCAUUGCAAACUAAAAUGUGUAAUGUGUUUGAGGUUUAAAAAGGCUUCUGAAGUUUGUAAUUUCCACUUAGACAUUUCAGACUUGGUUUUUUUCCCUUACGAAAAAUGUAUCAACCCCUAAAAAAAAAAAGGCUAUUAAUUAUAAUCCACAUAAUAACUCACAUUUCCUGUAGCCGCACAGAUUAUUUUCCUGCUGUAGCAAACUGGCUCAAAUUAAGACCAUACAUCUGUACACACGUGUUACAUUAACACAGGGAUAUCUUGAACCUUGAACUCCAGGUUGUAUGGUUAUCUUGUCAUUAGGUUUACAACUGUGAGUGGACAUUGAGACAGAACGCAGUAGAAGUUGUGGUCAGAUGAAGUAGGCAGUGCAACAGUCCCAUCUUCUUUCAACACCUACACGAGAAUCACAGGUUAACAGAGGUAUAAAGGUGGUCGUUCCAAAAGCAAAUGGUGAUCAGGUAGCACUACUUUGUGACAGCCUUUUUACUAUCCUCCUGUCCCAGCUUUGUUGUCACUCUGCCCACUUAUCAAAAAGGCCCUCAAUGGCCAUGAUUCUCUUUAACCUGAAGAAGUCCUUCAAUGUUAAGUUCCCGAGGGAAAUUUAUUGAGGAUUUAGGAAGUAAAUUACCUAAAACUCUUCUUUUUUUUUGUUGAGAGGUAGCAACUAAAUUUAAAUUGAUGUUGAGUUAUUGUUUGCUUACUCAAUGAACCGUGCAAUAUUAUAUUGCAUGCUUAUACCCUUCUACAUGGCUAUAACGCCAUUCUAACCAUGUUGACUAGAGUAUCACGUUAUUAAAACGUUUAGUUCCCUUUUCUGCUUUUAUGUGAUGUCAUGCACCCCCCCCCCCCCGCCCCCCCCCCCCCCCCCAAUUAGUUCUAAUUAAUAUUUUAGUGUAACACAUACCAGUGUAUUAACUCUUUUGUAAAUAUUAAUGAGCUAUUUAAAAAAAAAAAAAAGUAUAGUAUCUCGCAGAUUUUAUACCUACAACUGAAUGUGAUUUUAUUAUGUUAGAUAGGUUAACAUAUUUCUAUGUAAAAAAUAAAGUACCCCAAAAUAUCAACUUUGUAACAAUUAGGUGAUAAAGUAUUUUAAUCGAGUCGGUCGGGAUUAGCAAACCGAGAGAAACAUCUGGACGACUUUUUGCCGAUAUUAUCAAACAUUUUCCGUUUGCUCUCGUCUCCGUCGCACAUAUCCGAUGUCCUUGAAUGCGAUCGCUGAGUGAGUUGACUGAAUGUGUGCCUGGCUCUUGUAUCUGCAUGUUGUUGGCGAGGAUUUAAAAAUAAGUUUAACAAAAUGAUAUAAAUGCUGCAUGAUACUCAGUACCAGUAACCAGGCCCCUGGUUGGAUAGCAAAGGAGUCUCCGCCCAAACACCAGAUCCAAGAUCAGCUGAACCUACCCUAAUCCUAGCCAUUCACAAUUAGGAGGCUAUGGUCAAAUCUGACUACAGAUAUGCGGUUAGGGGAACUCCUAAGCACAUCUCUGUACUAGACCAGAUGGGACAACUUGCUCUCUAGUGUCUCAAUGAAGGGGUUUUGUUUCUUCUUAUCGUUAGUAUUGUUUGUUCGUAUAAAAAAAAAAAAAAAAUUUACAUUAUUUGUAUUGUCGUCGUUUUUUUGUUUGGUUAUAGAUUCUGCUCAAGUAAUACAGGAAUAUUUUGCGGAAUUAUCAUCAUAGCAAUUCAUAUCUUAACAUCUAACUGUUGCUAGAUUUAUACAAUUCCCUCGACUUUUGCUCCUAUAAACCUUUUCCUAACCUCGUAACUGUGCCAAACCUGAAACAGCCAGAACCCGACAAUAGCAGCGUUGCACUAGCUGUAGUCAUACCAAUGACCCGUCAAUACCGAAAUCUUAUCAAUACCGAUGUGUUGUCAAUACACAUGUUUUUUUCAAUGCCGAUGACUCGUCAAUACAGAUGUCUCUCCCUGGUAGACUCUUGGUGGUUAGUCCAAGAGAGCGUGCCAACACCACAUUUCACAACGUAUUUCCGACCCAUGUGCUUCUCGCUAAAAAUAUGUAGCUAAGGGAUUGCUAAUUCAAAUAAUGUCGACGUGGUUCUGAUGCCAGACAAUCCGGCAGUCGUUUCUUGUAGUUUAUUUUUAUUUUUAUGUCACGUUAGCAGCCUACACCUCUGUGGGAGUUUACCUUUAUGCUCUAUAGCCGGACAGCAGUAUGACCCUUCUGCGAUACCAUGCCUGCUUACCCCUUACCUUAACUCCCUGUGCCUAUCAGUCAGUGUGUGUGUUUACAUGUGCGUGUGAGAGAGGGAAGGAAGGAAACCAUAAAUGAGUGGUUGUUGAGUGAAUAAAUGAGUGAGUGUGUGGAUGAGUGAAUAAUUGAUCGGUGAACAACCCCGUUCCUCAUCCUAUUGGCCUGUUAAACCCCCCGUCUGGGUAGCUCAUCUCCUCUGUCCAUCCUUCCAUUCCUCCCCUCUUCCUCAGUGCCUGGGCAAUCGAUCCAUUCCCUUACUGACAAAGCCCUCAUCCCUUCUCCUUCAAGAUCCAAUCAGUUCAUGAAAGCAGUUUCGUCCGAGAAACUCGCCUCUACAGGCUGACACCUACCUGCCCUUCUUGCCCCUUCCAACCCUCCCAAAACGUACUGGGGAAAGAAUUGGCCAAAUGUGUUCUUUUUCACCUUCGUUUACAUCCUGCUUUAUAUUUUCCUUUGCCUUAGCUCCUACGUGGUGUGUCCCAAAUGGCACCCUAUUCCCUAAAUAUUGCACUACUUUUGUCCAUAAGCCCUGGUCAAAAGUAGUGCACUAUAUAGGGAAUGGGAUGCCAUCUGAGAAACAGCCAGCCUCUUCCCCCAUUCUCUGUUGAUUCAUGUCCAAACCAAGCGCUUCUUCUGUCCCUGUACAUAAUGAUUUAGAUAUCUACAUAGACUUGUAAAAGAAAGAAUAUAUUGUAUUUUGCAAAUGGUUUAUGUUCAUUCUCCCCAAAAACCCUUUGAAAGCGAGUCUGAGCUACUUACCUUGUAAUCAAUAGUGUAAUUUGUACCUACUGUAUGAUAAUGCAAAUAAAAAAUAAAAAAUGGC